CACACUAAACGCUGUUGGGAGUUAGUAUUCACACGUUACAUCCAAUUCUGUUGUCGCUACCUAAAAGCUGGACUGUCAGCCUUCAAAGUACUUCUUGUCACUAAUAUUUCCGAUGGAACAUAAAUGAAAAUAAAAGUUCUUAUAACACUUUUGUUUUAUCUUCAAUCAUACGCAACCGGAGAACGGUUCAUUCAUAAAGAAUUGCGGGUGAAAAUACAAGAGGACGUGCCCGCGCUCCCCCGGCGAGCGCCGGGACCGCGCAACGAAAGCUCGCUCCCUGGCGGACACCUCCGACCCCCUCCCAAUCCCAGUUCAGCAUCGUUCCUGACUCGCCACCGCCAACCCCUCGGCUCCGACGCCAGACUUCCCCGCUCCAUUGGCCGAACCCGGAGUGAUCGGAUUGGGCGGUGCCAAAGGACGCGGGCACUCCAUUGGCCGGAGAGGCUUUGGGUUUUGUGAGCGCUCUAUGUUUUAACGAAGCGCGCAGAAGGAGGAGGCAGAGACCCGGAGCGUGUCGGCGAGAGGUUCAUACCUAAAAAAAAACGUCCAUCGACUACAAGCAACACAAAGAAUAACCAACAAAAAUUCCCCCUCCCCCUCCAAAAAGCAACUGCACACAUCAAAAGCAGAGGCAAAGAGCGCAUCCAAGCCUCUGAGUGUCACCUACGUCCCGCUUUCCUGCAGCACAGGCUGGACCCAAGACUGUUGCUCAUCACAAGUGGGAAGAAUCAACAGGGAAAGUAGCGUGUGUGUCACCGAGAGCUUUGGCUGCCGCAGCUAGUACGAGACAGAUUUGAUUCAUUUUGCCUUCACUAAGUGUCACUGAAGGUUUGUGUUUCUACCGACCGUGUGAUGGGAGACUUUCAUGGAAAUGCGAGACGUGCCAGUGAAAGCUUUUAGAUUUAAAACUGCUACUGCUCGAGUGUGUCGAAGAAUAUCAGUCAAUUUUAUUUGCUGUCUUGUCCGAGUCACUGACAGCAGCUGUGGACGCUUUUUUGAGUGGAAAUAGGCGCGCACGCACAGAGACAGAUAUUCAUCCAGUCGGUGUGAGUGUGUGUGUGUGCAGCAUGCAAAAUUCUCGGCAGCUGCAUCUCAUGAAAUUGGAAGAAACACACCGCAAGCCUUGAAACUGGUACAUCGGCUACGCCGCAUUUUGCAAACGCUUGGAUUUCACUUGGGAGAAGGACGCCAGAUUUCGCAUCUUCACCGAUCUAAUUGUCACGAACCGUGCAAAAGCAAAGAUUUAAGGGAUCAAAGGUUUAGGGGAUAGGGGGGAGUAAGUAUUUGGCACGAUCACAAUUUUCCGAAUCCACCCCCACCCCCAAUAAGGAUUUACAACGCAAGAUGGUGACGAGAGACUUUUCUUGUCGUCAAACUCAAUAAGGGUUGGAAAUGAUUAUUGUAAGAUGCAUCGAUGCUCGCACACCGCUGCAGGCUCGUCUGUUUUCCGAGCUGUAAAUCAACAGGUUUAACACCAACAAAAAGAAGGGAGAGGGAAAGAAAAACAAGCGCUGGGAAUGUACCUGCAGGUUCUGAUUCUCCUUUUACUCUGGACUGGCGUUCUGACCUUGAAGAAUUUAAAAUACACGAUCUUGGAAGAACAGGGACCCGGGACGGUGAUCGGGAACAUUGCGAAAGAUGCUCGUCUGGCGACGAGUCCCGAGCCAAGGAAGCCCAACUUUCGGGUUUUGGAAAAUUCCGCCCCCCAUUUGCUGGACGUGGAUCGGGAGAGCGGAUUACUUUACACCAAGCAGCGCAUCGACCGGGAGACCGUGUGCAAACGGGUUGCCAAGUGCGUGGUGUCGCUGGAAGUCUUCGCCAACGACAAGGAGCUGUGCAUGAUCAAAGUGGAGAUCCUGGACAUCAAUGACAAUGCGCCAAGUUUCUCCACCGAGCAGAUCGAUGUCGAGAUCCCCGAGAACGCGGCGCCGGGGACGCGCAUACCCCUGACAAGCGCGCACGACCCCGACACCGGGCAGUUUGGUCUGCAGACCUACCAGCUGAGCAGCCCGAGCCGGCUCUUCGGCCUGGAGGUGAAGUCGCGGGGCGACGGCACCAAGUUCCCGGAGCUGAUCAUCCAGAGGCCACUGGACCGGGAGCAGCAACCACGCCACGAGUUGCAGGUGACGGCGCUGGACGGCGGCGAGCCGCCCAAGUCGAGCGCGGUGCGCCUGCGGGUCGAGGUGGUGGACACCAACGACAACAGCCCAGCCUUCGCCGAGCCCAGCCUGAGCGUGGAGGUGGCCGAGAACACGCCGGCCGGCACCUUCCUCAUCGACGUAAACGCCACGGACCCAGACCAGGGCACCAACGGCGAGGUGGUCUACUCCUUCAGCCCGUACGCCAGCGAGCGCAUCGGGCAGCUCUUCUCCAUCGAGCCCCGCUCCGGGGUCAUCCGCCUGCGCGCCGCCCUCGACUACGAGGAGAGCAGCAUCUACGACAUCGAUGUGCAGGCCAAGGACCUGGGGCCAAACUCCAUCCCAGCCCACUGCAAGGUGUCGGUGCGGGUGCUCGAUGUCAACGACAACGCGCCCACCCUCAGCCUGGUGUCCGUGCACCAGGGCCCGGUGAGCGAGGCUGCGCCGCCCGGCACCGUGCUCGCUCUGGUCAAAGCCACCGACCGCGACUCGGGUCGCAACGGGCAGCUGCAGUGCCGGGUGCUGGGCAACGGGCCCUUCCGCCUGGAGGAGAACUACGACAACUUCUACACGGUGCUGAGCGAGCGGCCGUUCGACCGCGAAGCCGCCGACGAGUACAACCUGACCAUCGUGGCCCGGGACAACGGUUCGCCGCCGCUCAACGCCAGCCGCUCGUUCACGGUGCGCGUGGCCGACGAAAACGACAACGCGCCGCGCUUCACCAAGCCCGUGUACGUGCUGCAGGUGCCCGAGAACAACAUCCCCGGCGAGUACCUGGGCUCGGUGCUGGCGCACGACCCCGACCUCGGCCCCAACGGCACCGUGGCCUACUCCAUCCUGCCCGCUCGAGUGGCCGACGUGUCCGUCUACACCUUCGUGUCGGUCAACCCGUCCAAAGGCGCCAUCUACGCGCUGCGCUCCUUCAACUACGAGCAGACCAAGGCCUUUGAGUUCAAAGUGCUGGCCAAGGACUCGGGCUCGCCGCCGCUCUCCACCAACUGCACGGUGCGGGUCACCGUGCUCGACGUCAACGACAACGCGCCGGUCAUCGUGUUGCCCGCGCUGCACAACGACACGGCCGAGGUGCAGGUGCCGCGCAACGCCGGCCUCGGCUACCUGGUGGCCACCGUGCGGGCCGUGGACAGCGACCACGGCGACAGCGGUCGCCUCUCCUACGAGAUCGCCGAGGGCAACGAGCAGCACCUGUUCGACAUGGACGCGGCCAGCGGCGAGGUGCGCACCGCCAGGUCGCUGUGGUCCCAGGGCGCCGCCGCCACCGAGCUGGUGGUCAAGGUGUCAGACCACGGCAAGCCGCCGCUCUCGGCCGUGGCGCGCCUGGUGAUCGUGGCGUACGCGGGCGCGGCGCCCAAAGACGAGCAGCAGCGGGUGCCGCGGGAGCAGGGCCACUGGGACAUGUCGCUGCCCCUCAUCGUCACCCUGAGCUCCAUUUCGGUCAUCCUGCUGACCUCCAUGGUCACCAUCGCCGUCAAGUGCAGGAGGGAGAACAAGGAGAUUCGGACCUAUAACUGCAGGAUCGCUGAGUACUCGCACCCGCACCUGGGGAAGGGCGGCAAGAAGAAGAAGAUCAACAAGAACGACAUUAUGUUGGUCCAGAGCGAGGUGGAGGAGAGGGAUGUCAUGAACGUGGUGAGCAGCCCCUCCCUGGCCUCUUCUCCCGUUUAUUUCGAUUACCAGACGCGCCUGCCACUCAGCUCCCCCCGCUCAGAAGUCAUGUACUUGAAGCCCACCUCCAACAAGCUCACCGUCCCCCAGGGCCAUGGGGUCUGUCACACUUUCUCCGGACAGGGCUCAAAUCCGGCUGACGUAACCUCAACAAGAAUGUCACUGAUUCAGACAGACAAUUUUCCCGCAGAGCCCAAUUACAUGGGCAGCAGGCAGCAGUUUGUUCAAAGUAAUUCCACAUUUAAAGAUCCAGAGAGGGUGAGUUUGAGGGACAGUGGACAUGGAGAUAGUGACCAAGCCGACAGCGACCAAGACACUAAUAAAGGCUCCUGCUGUGACAUGUCUGCCAAAGAUGCUCUCAAGAUAAAAUCUACGACAGCCAAACCCCCAGUCCCUGAACAAGAGAAGGAGGACUGUGUCAACUGUACAGAUGAAUGCCGUGUCUUGGGUCAUUCAGAUAAGUGUUGGAUGCCUCAGUUCCCUGCUCCAAAUCAAGCUGAAUGUUCAGAUUAUCGUCGGAAUCUUUUUGUACCAGCAGUAGAGGCUGCAGUUGAAUCUGAAUCUCAAGAAAACACAAUUCCCUCGGGGAAAAAAACUUUCUGUACUUUUGGGAAAGACAAGCGAGAGCACACCAUUCUUGUUGCAAAUGUAAAACCCUAUUUAAAAGCUAAGCGUGCUCUUAGUCCUCUUUUGCAAGAGGUCUCAUCAGCUGCAAGCAGUCCGGACAAAACUUCAGUUGCAGGCAGUAACAGAUCAAGUAAACAAUCCCUGGGUGGAUUUGAAGUGAAGCCAAAAAUGGCCGACACAUCAGCAGAGUCAAGCAGCCAAUUCUUAACAUCCGAUAGCCACUACCCAUCACCUGAUAAACGACGUGACAGCCAUUUUAUUACACCUGAAGCAGUGGCUACAGUCUUUGCAGAUGUGCAUUCCAGAGUUGGCCGGGAGUUCAAUGAGGUGGACACUGUAUUGGAUCAGUAUGAACCCUCAACACGGGACCAAGGACGGGAUGGAGUGGAUGCUGAGCAGGUAGUUCGAGAAAUCGACAAGCUUUUACAAGAUUGUCGAGGAAGUGACCCUUCAACUGUGAGAAAAUGAAUUCAGCAUACUUAAUGACAGUUGACUACCUUUCUUCUAAAGGACAAACACUCAAAAGUUUUAAGGCAGCAUUGUUUUUCAAAUGAAAAACUAACUGGCAGAAUACAAGGAAAGAUAAUGCUGUUAAUUCUGUGAGCUAGAAUUCAAAGUGCCCAUUGCGCACUUACCAUUGUUCUUUUUGUGUGUCUUAGGAAACAAACUACGUGUUUUCACCAGGAUAGUUAUGAAAAUUGAUGUGUUUCAUUCACUGAAUUGAAUUUUGACAAUCUCAAAAUGUGCCCUUCCCUAGACUAAAGUGGAGAAUGCAGGUGCCUGUAAGCUAACCAGUCAGUACAGCUCUGCAUAGGGAAAAAAAUCAUUGUUUAACAGAAAACAACCAAGGGCAGCAUUGAUAAGAAGCAGGUAUCAGCUUUGCAGAAAAUAUUGAGUCUAAUUCAGCGUGUACAGUUAUAGUUGGCUGAUGUAGGUGUCCUUAUGAACUAGAUUUAUCUGCAGUGAACAGUGUGUCAUUGAUUGUCACCUCAUUUGGCAUUACAUUCUGGAUCAUUAUGCUACAAUGCACAUCCAAACCAUUUGUACAAACCCACUUUAAAAUAUUUCUCUAAAAUGGAUCCUGUAGAGGGAGAAAGUUUGCCCCACACUCUCAAACCUAAUACAAAACAAGUACAAAAGGGUAUUCUCUAAGCUGUACUACCAAAGAGUGACAUUUUAGUGUCCAAUUGUUUGAAUUCCUCCUCUGCAUUUUACCUAUCAUAAUAUUGUCAUCAUAUUAUUGUUAGAUGAUAAAAUAUGUUGUGUAAGAAACACUGUUCUGUUUGUAGAUAUUUAUGUUGCAUUCAAAAUGGACACUAAAAUGACUCGUUAAAGGGAAUACCUGUGAAGUACUAACAAAACAAAACAAAACAUCAGUGUGCAAAUGUAAAAAUCAUGGAGUGUUUACACCGAAUCUAGCUUUUUAAUUGAUUUAUUGCAAUAUCAGUGCAUAUGAGCCAAAUUUGUUAAUUGUACUAAGAGCUAUAUUGUGUAUUUUAUUAAAUUAAUAUAUAGUUGUGUUGCAAAAUAUUUGGGCUUAUACUGUAUUUGGCAAAUGUUGCCUUAGUAGCUGUCGAACUCUAUGAGUUUAAUUUCACUAUUUUCCCCUUUUUCCCUUUGGAAUGUGGGAAGCAGUGUACACAAGCAGAUUCUGUUUAACGAGCCAGUAAUGUAUGCAUCAAAGUAACCCUUAAAGUAUAUCAGCUAUUCAAAAUAUGGUGACUAAAUUAGAAAUAUGUACUUGUCAGUAUUAUUUUGAAAUUGUCUCCAUAUUUUGAAAUGUUUCUACAUCGUUGAGUUUUUUUUUGUGUGCGCUGCAGUUUUCUUUAAGAUUGAACAAUGUCAGGUUAACUUAGCUUGAUAGCUAAAAAGAACAAUAACCCUGCUUAAUAACACUCACAUUAGAUAUGAAAACUAAGAAAAGCAACUGAAGCUAAAAGCUCAUCAAUGACACUAUUUAGUCACUUUGCUGCUUAUUCAUUAUUUAGUCAUCUUAACAUCAAUUUUCUCUGAAGAGCUUUCCAUUAAGUCUAUAUCAGCUUAAUAAAACAUAACCUCACCACUUUAAUUAACAACAAAAUAAAAAAAAUAAGCUGAGCAGCAGUGAUAUAUUUUCACAGCCUCAUUAAAACAUACUUUCAAACUAUUUGUUUACUAAUUUGAGUAGAAGUCACCAAGGUCAGCAGCUAGUCCUGAUAGCCAACAUAACAUACACCCACUCAUUAUUACCUAAUUACAUUAUUUUGGCAUCAAGCAACAUUAAUCAGAGAAGUAGUCGAGAGGGAUUUUGCUAUCAAGGUUUGUUGACUUGAAAUGUAAUUGAAUGAAGCCUGAUUGAGGUCCUGACUUCCCCAGCCCCCCUUGGUCCUUGGGCUGAUGCUCUGCAUUUAUCAGUCCCUGUCACCCCAUAGGGCUCUGAGCUACACUGAGCAACUGGUGAGAAAAGCAUAUGUUGUAUGGAAUAACUCAACUGCUAUUGUUAAAUGGCUGUGUUUUAAUGUGAUCUAUCUGGAAAACAAGGACAAAGAAUUAAACCAAUUACUAACAUCAAUGCUACCAGCUUUUGCAUUCAUUAAAGCCACAGAAGUAUGGUGAGCUGUCUGUACCAGAGGACACCUCUAUGUAAUUACACAUGAGUGGCUCCAGUAAGAAGUGUGAGGUAUUGUAACUGUCAAAACCAGUUAUCUGGUUGUCAACAAAUUGCAGCCCUUGUUUAGCAGAUCAGACAAAAAUAUAUUCUUACUGCAAGUGUCUCAACUGAAGAAAUCUACUGGCAUUGUGAUUAAAUAUUAAACUGGUGUCCCUGUUUUGAUGAAAAAAAAGCUUAAAAUAUCUGUUCCAAAAAAUAAUUAAAUUCUACACUUGCUGAGCAGAAUGUGUAUAUUGCUAAUAACUAGAUGUUCUCUUGGAGUCCUGUGUAUGAUCUAAAUCAGUGAAUAAACCCACAUCUCACAAGAAAUGAAGAGCUUUGUAAUGUCAGUCAUGCAAUUGAUUAUAUUACAGAAUAUUAGGAUCAGACAUUUGCAUUC